AUAAAUACUGGCUGCUGGCAGUCAGCUGCCGACUUGCUGGAUGCAGUUGUGAAGGAGCACCCCAGGAAUCUUGGUGCCCGGGUGGCACGGGGAACCGCAAAGGCUCUACAGCGCAAACUUGAGAGUGCAAUUGAGGACUUCGGCAUAGCCAUCGAUAUCAUGCCCAGCUUUUAUGACAGCUGGAAGAGGAGGGGCCAGGCACGGAGUGCCCUGGGGGACUAUAAGGGUGCCCUGGAAGACCUUGACAGGGCUGUGGGGCUCACCCCCGAUUCUACCGGGAAAGCCGACUCUUAUGCUGAGAGGGGCAUGAUAUACCAGAAGCAAAAAGACUUCAGGUCCGCCAAGGAGGAACUGAAGAAGGCUGUCGGCUUGAACCCCGAAAACCUGCAGGCUUGGAACAUGAUGGGUUUGUGCUGCACUUCUCUGGGAGACAUUCGGGAAGGUGUGGAUGCAUACAAGGCUGCGAUCAAGCUGGAUCCCAACUUCAAGGAAGCCUACUUCAACAUAUGCCAAGCACUCAAGGAGGCAGGCUUUGUGAAAGAGGCUGAAGAUGCCUACAAGAAAGGGAGGGCAGUGGAGAAAAAGUCCCCUUUGGAUCAGCCACAUUUUGGCUCGUACCGUGUGAUGGCAUCCAUGUACCAGGGGAUGGGGAAUCACGUGAAGGCUGUAGAGAUCCUGACACACGCCCUUGGGAAGGAUCUGAAUGAGCAGAAACUAGAAUGCUUUUACCUGCGUGCUGCGUGCCACCAUGCAUUGGGCUUCCACAAGAAGGCGGUGAGGGACUACCUGAAGUGCAUCGAGUUUGAAAAGGCCUUGUCGCGAGAGGAACCCCUGGAGCGGCACCAAUUGGUGGUCGUGUCGUUCUACCAAAAAGAGAUGGCCCUUUACACACGACACAGGCUGGACACUCCUGUGGACUCCUUUUGCCCAGAUGUGGAGCUGAACCCGAUCUUCAAGGAGCUGUGGUGCAAGAAGCUGGGGCCUUCCCAGGAACUCAUCGCCUCCUAUGCCAUGCAGCGUACAGUCAUCGAAGACCCCGUCCCCAUGCCAGCAAGACCAACAGCCAAAGAAUUGGCUCCGCUGCUCUCAGCCGCCGACCUUGUGGGCUCCUUACUGCAGAAUGACUACCAGGGCUUUUUGCCUAACAGGCGGCAGCAGAGGGCAGCAGGGCUGGCAGCAUUGGAGCUUGCACAGGCUGUGCAAGCUGUGCUGGUGGCAAAGAGGGAGGGGAGGGUGUUUGAGGUGGACUCGAUGGGGGCCAGUGGAGGCGAGGGCAAGGCUGGACGGAAGGAGUUUAGUUGGCGGGAGGCGAUGGACAUCAUUGUGAAGUGGCGGCAGCUGUCAGAACCGAAUGACCAGGUGGUGUGGGUCGACCUACUAACGCCAUCAGAGUUUGAGGCAGGGUUUGGGUCCCACACGCCCAUGUUCAGUGGCCAGACAAAGUGCGUACGAUACUACAUGAAUUUUCCCCGAGCUCUGGCAAAGCACAAGGAGGUGCUCCUGAAAGAUGGCAAGGCGUACAAUGCAGCCAACGAUGCCAUUCCAGUGGAUAAACCCAAGCAGCAGGAAGCCAUCAGAAAGGCAAAAACUGCAAGUGAUAUGUACAAAGUAAUCAAGGAGGACUCGUGGGCUGUUGUGCCCAUCGCAAGCUUGGCCCAGCCGGGUAAGAUGAUAGAGGGCACAAGGUUGACACUGGUCAAAGUGCACGAUCAGCCUGACGCCUAUGAGUUCUCCAUCCGGACUCCUGUGAGGCCUCCCAGGUGGAAAGAGUUUGAGGCAGAGCUGAAGAAGGCAUGGGAUGAGCUCAUCGAUGCCAUGUUGGGAGGUGACCCUGUGAUCGUUGCAAAGAAGAUCUUGGCAUAUACAUACUACUGGUACAACUUCAUGCCCCUGGCAAGGGGCACAGCUGCAGCUGGCUACACCUUCAUGCUGGCGCUCUUCUGGGCAGCGGGCAUGCCUGUGAGGUCAUCCAUCCCCACAGACUACCAAGUCGACUGGGAAGCCAUCCUGGAGCAACACCCAGACAUCUUCACGGCUGAGCUGAGCCAGUGGUUUGUGCCAAAAGAAGGUCGUCCAGAGGAGUACAAGGACUCCACCAGAAAGGGAUCCAAGCAGGUGAUGAAGGAGAUCGCAACCCCAGAUGAGGUGCCAAUGGUGAUUGGCGUCCUCAGCACAAUGAGGCGUCGCCUGGAAGCACUCAAUGGGCUGGAGAUCCCAAGGAUCUGA